UCGAAUUCGAAAUUCGUCUGUCAUCGGUCGAUUCAUCGUGCAUGGUUGCGUGAGAAAUUUGUUUUGUUACGUUAAUUAUUUACUUUAUAGCUAUUUACAAUUAUUAACAUAAAAAUAGUAAAUACUAAAUACAAUGGAUGAUGAAGCGGAAACGUAUAAACUAUGGCGAAUAAGAAAAACAGUGAUGCAACUUUGCCAUGAUCGAGGCUAUUUAGUGACACAAGACGAAUUGGAUCAAACAUUAGAACAGUUUAAGGAACAGUUCGGUGAUAAACCUAGCGAAAAACGACCCUCACGAACUGAAUUAACUGUCCUGGUCGCCCACAAUGACGAUCCUACAGAUCAGAUGUUCGUUUUCUUUCCUGACGAACCUAAAAUUGGUAUUAAAACUAUAAAAACUUACUGUCAGCGUAUGCAAGAUGAAAAUAUACACAGAGCUAUCAUCGUUGUACAGCAGGGAAUGACACCAUCUGCAAAACAAUCGUUGGUCGAUAUGGCGCCAAAAUAUAUUCUGGAACAAUUUUUGGAGUCAGAAUUGUUAAUUAAUAUUACAGAGCAUGAGUUGGUUCCCGAACAUGUUGUGAUGACACCUGAAGAAAAACAGGAGUUGUUGGCAAGAUAUAAAUUAAAAGAAAACAUGUUAAUGAGAAUACAAGCUGGAGAUCCCGUGGCAAGGUACUUUGGGUUAAAACGAGGCCAGGUCGUGAAAAUUAUACGUCCUUCGGAAACAGCAGGUCGCUAUAUUUCUUAUAGGCUAGUAUGUUGAUGUUACUAAUAAGAAUUCUAAUUUUUUUCUAAGUACAUGUAAUAUUUCAUAUAAAUAUAUUCAUUUUCAUUAAAGAAUUAUUAUGUA